CCUUGGGCAGCAAGAAGAGACUGGGGCUCUCUACGUUGUCCCCUCCGCUUGCCACCUGGGAUCCCUUGGCAGAGUCCUUCUAGGCUGCAGGCUGGAAUCUUGACCAUGGAACCCUGAAGUGACUCUGCUUUCCAGAGCUCAGUGGCAGACCGUAGCACUCCCAAGCCCUUCCUGCCUCUCUCACAGCCCAGCUUUCAAGCUCCUAGAGGGAGGGGAUUCAGAUUUCACUAGGCAGGGGGUUUGCAUCAUGAUGCUCAACUCCGACACCAUGGAGCUGGACCUGCCUCCCACCCACUCGGAGACCGAGUCGGGCUUUAGUGACAGUGGGGGCGGCCUGGGCCCGGAUGGUGCUGGGUCGGGGGAUCCCGGAGUGGGACAGGUCCGGAGCUCGGAGCUUGGAGAGUCCGGCCGCAAAGACCUGCAGCACCUGAGCCGUGAGGAGCGCAGGCGCCGGCGCCGCGCCACGGCCAAGUACCGCACCGCACAUGCCACGCGGGAGCGCAUCCGAGUGGAAGCCUUCAACCUGGCCUUCGCCGAGCUGCGCAAGCUACUGCCCACUCUACCCCCGGACAAGAAGCUCUCCAAGAUUGAGAUCCUCCGUCUGGCCAUCUGCUAUAUCUCCUAUCUGAACCACGUGCUGGACGUCUGAAACUCAGCCCGCUUCCCGCCCUGGAUUCUCCCCUUCUCUGUCACCAUGCAUUACUUAGAAUGGCUGGCUCCUUCCCACCCCAGAGGACCCGGCUCACACCGCUAGUCCUGAAGGCCAUUUUGUUUUCACUGGCCCAGGCAUGUGAGGGAUGUUCUCAUGGGUUCUUUCAGAGAGUUGUUCGGGGCCUAGCUGAUCAGAGUUGCUUGCUAGAAUGGUUGGAAUGGAGUCCUUUUGGGCGUUUUACUAAACCUAGCCUCUACUCAGCUGCUGCCUUUUCUGCCCUAUGUCCAAGUUUUCAGAGACCCCGACCCUGAUUCUCUCUCUUUUGGCAAUGGUGGGGCUCAGCCUUAGAAUAUAAGGGAAAUGUCUCCUGGCAGAGUGGGGAAUGGGUUCCUAACUUCCAGACUUGUCUGUCCAUGCCCAGGGGAGGGAUAGGUUCUUGGAACACAGAGAGAAGAGUGAGGCGACUCCUGGGUAGCCAGGGACUGUAGAAAAACUCUGCCUUUCUUUUGUCUAUCUUGUUCCUGAGGCUUAGCACACACAGACCUCAGAUGUAACUUGGUAGUGAGUGCCUUUUUGGAGCUAUCUGGCUGUCCCUUCCCACUUCUGCCAUCCCAGCUUUCUCCCUCUCCCUGUGCCAGCCAGAAAUAGGAAAACCUCA